AUGGAUCCUACCGCCGACUCCCAGCCAGCCUCUACUUCCCCGUAUCGCCCUUCUAUUCCAAUAACCACCGAGAUUAGAACGCACUGUCAAAUCUACUUGGAUGAGCAAUUGUAUGUGAGCGCUCUUGCGCUUCUCAAUGACCUCGUCACAACAGGCGCGUCGCAUCCAGACCGCAUAAAUAGGCCGGCAAUUGCCCCAAUACCAUUUCAUAUCGAACUCGUCAGCGCGCUCCUAAUCCAUCCGCGGUAUACUACACAAGCGCCAGCAAGUGAACGCCUAGAACUAGCCUCUCGAUCACUCACACUCUUGCGGAAUAUCCUCGCUAUCCUGGGCCCGAUAAACGCCAGGCUUGAUGAUGCAUUCUCUCUUGAGCCGAUGAAUGCUACCAGGGCCUCUCGGCGUGGGCGGAAUACGACCGAUUAUGACGAUGGAUCAAGCGGGUCAGACGAGGAGGAACCAGAGCGCAUGCAGGGCAUCCUCGCGAAUAAGGGGAGAUUGAGAACGUGCGCUAAGGACUUUUGGCAUAUAGUAGGAUGGGCAUUUAAUUGUAGUGUGAAGCAUCCGCAGAGAUGGCAACACUGGAAAGUGUGGCUGGAAUACAUGCUGGAUGUUUUGGAGGCGGACUACACCGAGAGGGAGAGGCUGGACAGGAAAGAGCACGCUCUGAACCCCGGCACUCUAGAUGCACGUUGCGAGUUCAAGUUGCUGCGGAAAUGCAUGAUCGCAAAGUACCUGUCGGAUGUUCAGAGCAGGUCAAGUGCUGCCAGGCGAAUUGCCAGAUCUGUCUUUGCCGACGGAAGCGUUGCAAGCUUGAAAGAGUUUCCAGAAGUAUAUCCGAACGAGACGAAGGAGGUUAAAUUUCAAAACGGGCAGAAAAGGAAGAGAGGCUUUACUCUGGAUCGGAGCUUUGGCGGCUACGAUUACCAGGAUGCUGAUGAUCCCUCUGAACAGCCAGAAAUGACAGACCCCGAGCCAGAGUCGAGCCAGGAUGACGAUGAAGGGAAUCUGUCUGGGCAGGACCCAUACUUAGGAGGACCAGAGUCUAUAGCUUUGCGGCAGCGUGUAUUAAAACUGCUCUCACAAACUGCUGCAGAUUUCCCAGUUGAAUUUAUCGACUACAGAGAUCUCUACGAAGCAAUCUACACCUGCAUGAGACCACUGCCAGUUCCCGCCUUCUCCCUUAUAAUCUCGCCAUCACCAUCAUCCCAACUCCCAAUAAUAGUUCUAAUCUCCCUCUCACAACUCCUUCUCCUCCGUCUUCUACCCAAUACUGCCCCACGACCCCACACAAUCACCAAGCGAGACAAUGACGAGCUGACUCAAGCCGUCCUUGAGCAAUGCUUCAUGCCAUUCAGCGCUAAUACAUCCGCCGUUGAUGACAACGCGAAAGUUUCCAUCUUGAUAGAGUCUCUAUUUAGGAUCUUCUUGAGAUCCUGUCCGUGUUACCAUACACCGGAUUUGGAAGAGGCCAUUGAGAAGGGGAUAGCAGCACGCGAGGAUAAGAUUCGUGGUGAUAAGAGGAGGAAGGAUACGGCUGAGAGGAGGAAAGAGGAGGAGAGUGAUAGAAUGUGGUUAACGCAGAGUGGGGAGAGAUUGAGAUGCCUCUCCGCUUGGGUUGAGCAAAAGAGUGCUGAUGAUGACCAUGAUUGA